AUGAAAAAGGGACUGACAACUGUUGUUUUUUUUUUUCUUUUAAUGGAUGGAAAAGGGAUUAAAGGGGUAAGCGAGCAUAACAUUGUUGUUGGCACUGAAAAAAAGGCUAACAUCGAUGAAAGUAGUGGAAGAAGCCAAAGCGGCCAAAGUAAUCAAAGUAGUCAAAGCAGUGAAAACAAUGAAAUCAGAAGGAAUGUAUGCACUUGCGACUUUACGGAAAAACUAAAUUUCAUGCCUAAGCAAAAGACGAAAAUAUAUUGUGAACUAAAACCGCACCAUGGGGAGGAGAUAAGAAUAUUAGCAAAUAAGGAAUAUGAAGUAAAAUGUUUUAACAAUUCGAAAGUAUAUUGCCCUGUAAAAGGCUAUUUUAUAAAUAACGCUGAUAUUGCUACCUAUUCUCAAAAAUUAAAAUAUCAAGUAAAAGAUAUAACACAUCGUGAUAAAACAGUUAGUGAGUAUCAUCUAACUAUUGAUAAAGACGCUUCUGAUAUUUUAUUUAUUUGUAGUAUAAAACCAAGGCAGGUUUCUGAGUUAUUAGAAGGAGAAGUUAAGAUAGAUUUAAAAAGAGAAAUUAGUGAGGAAUAUUCUGUAGCAAUGGAGGAUAAUAUACAUAUGUGUGAUUUUUCAAAGGGUAAUUUAAAUAUAAGUCCAACAACAGGUUUUUAUUAUAAAAAUUCUAGAUCUGUUAACUGUAUUUAUAAUGUCCUUCGAAAUAAAUUAUUUUUAAUAAAAUUACCUAAACUAGAUAUAGUUACUGAAAAAAUUUUACCUAGUGUUGUAAAUUGUUUAUCUGAAUACUCAUAUAUUAAUUUUAACUUGAAACAUGUUGAAGAGACUGAAGACUCGAUCUCAUUACACCUAACCUUUGGGGAUUUUAAAAAGGCUUUUAAUUUAUCAUGUGAAUUAGACUUGUCGGAAUUUACCGUACAACCUUGUGCAGUUGGAAAAAAGGGAAACGUUACUUUUUAUUUUAACGUGUAA